AUGUCAGAUGACGAGGCCGACCCUGAACUGCUGGCACUGCUCCGCCAGUCUCUCGGCCUCGGUCCUGGCUCCUCCACGGCCUGCCCGUCGACCGGGGUGCUGAAAUCGGCAGAAUACAUCUGCGACAAUGCCAUCGACGUCGCCAUCUCCCCGGGCGGCACCAAAGCCGCGGCAGAGACAAUAUGGCGACACAUGCAGCAGAAGCAUUACUCUACAGAGACGUGGUCGUCCCACAAACUGCACCCGCAAUCGAAAGACGAGGCCACGGUCAAUUUCAUCUUCACCAUGAACUUGCUGAACUUCUCCUUCUGGUCCGAAUUGCCACUGGAAGAACGGUUUGCCGUUGAGUACCGAGGCCGCCGCUGGACGGGAUACUGGUCACUCGUGGCAGCUUUGCAGAGAGCGCUGGAUGAAGGCUACGCAAUAACAACCCCUAGUUUCUGGCAAGACCUCGACCUCUGCCCGGACGGUGUGCUGGAGCACAUCUUCCGCUCAGCGACCGCCGAGCCUAUCCCGCUCCUUGCCCAGAGGAUCGCCAUCUUGCGCGAGGCAGGUGACAUCCUGCACAGGCAGUUUGACGGGCGACCGGCAAACAUCAUCGCUCGUGCCAAUCAGUCCGCCGCUGCGCUCGUGAACCUGCUGGUCGAACAUUUCCCCAAUUUCCGCGACUCGACGCACUUCCAUGGCCGCGAAGUCCGGCUGUACAAGCGCGCCCAGAUCCUUGUGGCCGACCUGUGGGCGUGCUUCAACGGCAGCUCGUACGGGGCCUUUGACGACAUUCGCUCGCUGACCAUGUUUGCCGACUACCGCAUCCCGCAAAUGCUGCAGGGGUUGCACUGCCUUCUAUACUCGCCGCGGCUAGAAUCGCGGAUCAAGCGGCUCCAUCAUCUCCAUCCGGGCGAGGACAUGGAGAUUGAGAUCCGUGGCUGCAGUAUCUGGUGCGUCGAGUUGCUUCGGCUUGAGAUCGAACGCCGCCACCCCGAGGCUAAGGGUAAGGUCAACGCCGUGCUCAUUGAUUUUUUCCUGUAUGAUACCUGCAAGGAGAUGGAGGCUCGCGGUGAGGCUGAUGGCAUGCUUCCGCAUCAUCGGACGAGGUCAAUUUUCUACUAA